AUGCGAGGUUUGACCAGAGAUGAGAUAGUCAGGAUGAAGCAAAGGAGAAGAACGCUGAAAAACAGGGGUUAUGCGGCCUCAUGCAGAAUCAAAAGGAUAGAACAGAAAGAUGAGUUGGAGACAGAGAAAACCCAGGAAUGGAGAGACAUGGAGAUGAUGAGAGACGAUAUUGUGCGCGCUAGAGAAGAAAUGGCGGGAAUUGAGCAGAGAUAUGAGGCCUUAAAACAAUUUGCAAUUAGAAAUAAGAUAUCGAUCCCUCCAGAGUUAGACCAGUUGUAG